AUGGAGAAUCGACGGCGGAGGAAGAAGGAAGAGUUGGUUAAUUCGAAAAUCGCGGUUUGUUUGGUUGGAGGAGCGAGACGGUUCGAGUUAACCGGACCGUCGAUUAUAGAGAAGAUUUUAAAGGUUUAUCCUAAUGCGGAUUUGUUUCUUAAUAGUCCUCUUGAUCAAAAUUCGUUCAAGCUUCGGUUGCUUAAAGACGCACCAAGGCUCGCUUCGGUUCGUAUCUUUGAGCCUAAACCGAUCGUCGAGGCUGAGCCGAUGAUUCGAGUCCUUACACCAAUGCAUUCGCCAAAUGGCAUUAAGGGCUUAUUACAGUACUUCAACCUCGUGGAAGGUUGCAUUACGAUGAUAAAGGCACACCAAAAAGAGAAUAACUUCACAUAUGACUGGAUAGUCCGGACCCGUGUUGACGGUUAUUGGGCUGACCCGCUCGACCCGGAAUACUUUAUACCGGGUCAGUACCUAGUCCCACCUGGAUCUUCCUACGGUGGUCUCAACGACCGUUUCGGCGUCGGCGAUCUCAACACCUCAACGGUGGCUCUCUCUCGUCUCUCCCUCAUCCCGGACCUCGACUUAGCCGGUUUAACCCGUCUCAACUCCGAGUCAGCCUUCAAGGCUCAGCUCUCGACUCACCGUGUCCCUUACGUCACUAAAUCCCUCCCUUUUUGUAUCAUGACCGAUAGGACCUACGAUUUCCCUCCGGGUGACUACGGAGUUCCCGUGACGGCCAUUUCGAGCCGCGGACCGUUGAACGGUGCUAAAUGCCGUCCUUGCACGGUCGCGUGCCGCGGCUCGUGCGUGGCGGAAGUGAUGGGAAAGCUAAACCGGGAAUGGAGCUGGACGGAGUGGGAGAACGAGACGGUGGAGCUUUGCGACGCAAGUGGAGACUGGGAGAAAGGGUGGGAGAAGAUUUUUGACGGUGUCGCCGGAGAAAAACUCGCACGUGCAAGGAAACGAGUCGGAGGUUUGGAUUCGAGGAGAUGUGUGGAAGAGUUUGAUGAGAUGAGAGGAAAGACCGUUAAAUGGGAAGCUCCCGCCUCCGAACAGAUUUGUAUGUUGGGCUUAACGCCCAAUUAG